AUGAUGGCUGUACUUCUUUCUUUGCCAUUCUGAAGUAUGGCAACUUGAUCUUUUCAAAGUUUCUAAUAGUGGUCCAGACUGGGCGUACUAGGAUUCAAAAGCCUCUUUGAUGUUCAGGUGCUGCCCUGGCCCCUGCAAUCUUUUCUGACUCCUGCAGAGAGCACAAACACCUCCAGUGUACCACUCAGUGAACUAGAGCCCACAGGGCUUAAUCAUAUGCUUUCCAGAACUUCAGGCUUACAUCAACCUAAUGAUAGAAUGUUACAGCAGAUUUUAGGUAGAUUACAGUUGAAUUACAAAUAGAUUACAAUUGAGAACACAAACACCUCAAGUGUACCACUCAGUGAACUUCAUAUGCUUUCCAGAAGUUCAGGCUCAAAUCAAUCUCUUGAUAGAAUUUUACAACAGAUUUUAGGUAAAUUGCAAUUGAACAUUCAGGGUAUCCUGUAAUCACAUGGGUAUGCCACACAGGGAAAUUGAGUAAAGUUUUCUCUACCUGGAAAAUAUGUUGUAAAGCAAUGAUCCCAGCUCUCCACAGAGGCACCACAUUCUCCUGUCUAGCUGAGUUCUCUUUGCCAUCCUAGUGCCUACCUGCCACAUAUAAGUUGAUAAGCUCUGCUACACUGAAUGUAGAAAUAUUUUUUUUCUUUAAUUCAGUCCAUCCCUGAUUGGAAUGAUGCCGAAAAAAAGUUUUCUUGGGAACAAAGCGGGGGAGGUGAAGCCCCCAAAUCUAAAAACAUGUAAUUGCAUGAGAAUGAUGACUUUGCAUACCUUUUAUGUAGGCCCUUCUUCUUUUUUAAAUUUUAUCUGGCUAAAACGAGCCUCAGCCUUUGCCCACUUCUGAUUCUACAUUUUCAACUAGGUAUUUCUCUCCAAGUUAUUCCUCAUAACCACCCAACCCACUCAAGUCUUUCUCUAGUCUUUGUCCCACAUUGUGAAAAGGAUGUUGUUCUACUUACAUCAAGAUUCUUAUUCUAAGCUUCAUAUUUUCCAUUCAACAACUAUUUAGACUGUCCCUACUGUGUGCCAGGCCCUUUGGCAGGUGCUGUGGAUACAGUAGAGCACAAAGAAGACAUGGGUCAUACCUUCACACAGCUUAUAGUUGACUCACGAGGCAUUUAGAUCAAAUAAAACACAAAGAAAUGUAAAAUUACAACUGUUAUACAUGCCCUGAAGGAAGAAUUUAGAGUAUAAUCAAUGUGUGUAACAGACAUGACCCAGUAUAGAUACUCACAUCUGUUCAGAAUUAAGUCAUUUUUAAAACUUUUUAAAAAAAUUUUUUUUUCUUUUCCUUCAGCACCAGUUUUUCCCAAGGAUUAGGUCAUUAACACUUCCCAUGUAUUCUCUGGUUUACCCAUUCCUGUGCUUCCCCAUUUUCCUUCUUCCCCCUUCAGAGGGAGCAGUGGUAGUCAGAAUUAUACCCAAUGAAAAUAGAAUUACAAGAAUACUCCUAAAUAGAUUCAAACAUUAACAGGCAAAAAUUAAAUGCCUACCUUCAAGUUUCUGAUUAGGUGUGGAGUUGCAAGAGCUCUGGAAUAGAUGUUGGUGCUAAACUGUUCUACCAAAUUACUGAUACUGGAGAAAAUGUUGAAGCGUUGCUUUCCGGAAUCACUCAAGGCUGAGGUAGACAACCUUGAUCAUUAUACUAAUGCCUAUGCUGUGUUCUACAAGGAUGUCAGAGCUUAUCAACAGCUAUUGGAAGAAUGUGAUGUUUUUAACUGGGACCAAGUUUUUCAAAUACAAGGGCUGCAGAGUGAGUUAUAUGAUGUUUCCAAAGCGGUUGCCAACUCAAAGCAGUUGAAUGUAAAGCUAACUUCCUUCAAGGCUGUUUGUUUUUCUCCUGUUUCAACUCUGCCAGAUGCCAGUUUCCUGAAGGGGCCUUCCCCACGACUAACCUACUUGAGUGCUGCUGAUGCGGAUCUACUCAACCGGACUUGGUCGCGGGGUGGCAAUGAGCAAUGUCUCCGGUACAUCGCCAACCUCAUCGCCUGCUUCCCUAGUGUGUGUGUCCGGGAUGAGAAGGGAAACCCCGUCUCUUGGUCCAUCACAGACCAGUUUGCCACCAUGUGCCAUGGCUACACCCUCCCAGAACAUCGCAGGAAAGGUUACAGCCGGCUGGUGGCUCUCACGCUGGCUAGGAAGUUGCAAAGCCGGGGAUUCCCCUCUCAGGGGAACGUCCUGGAUGACAACACAGCAUCUAUAAGCCUCCUGAAAAGUCUCCAUGCUGAGUUCUUGCCUUGCCGCUUUCACAGGCUUAUUCUGACCCCUGCCACUCUCUCUGGCCAACCUCACCUCUAGCCCAGUGAAAAACUGCAGUGGUUUUCUUACUUUCCUUGAGCAUACACACUCUUGGCCUCCAAUGAGGGGAGAGUUAAAAUGGGAAUCGGGAUACCCUUGGGUUGUUGGAAAGUAUCUGGCUAAUUCAUACAGGAUCCACUUGAGAAGCCUUAAUUCUUUGCAUCUCAGCUUUCUCCAGUAAGUAGCUUUGGGGCUGAAGAGUAGCUGUGGCUGAAGACAGGAUGAUUGGCUCCACUGUAUGAGAAUAGGUUCUAAAGCCAGCAGUUUUAGUGUACUGGAAGAAAUUACUGAAUGAGAACAAAUGAUUUAACCAGGACUAUGGGGCUACUGCUUUAACUUUGCUGCUUGCACCUCUGUAUUCUGAGAGCCACAUCGCUUCCCUACUGCGAUCACUUUCCCCUAUUCCCACAGCUGUGUCUUGCCAACCUCUGUUCCUAACCACCUCUGCUGCCAAGUUCUCUGUAGAGUAACCUGCUUUUUCCCUUUUAAUUACUUGCUCUUUACUUCUGCCUGGGACCCUAGCUUAUAGUUUGCUCUCCUGGGAAUGUUCAAAUGCAGUGGUUCUUACGUUUUAGUGUUUAUCAGAAUCACCUGGAGGGCAGGUUGCAACAGGCAUCCCUAGGCCUCUCCUGCUAUGAGGUAGGGCCCCCAAAUUUGCAAUUCUAACAGCUUCCCGCUGCUUCUUUGCCUUGGAUGAAUGACAAUAUGGGCAUUUUGAUGCUAUAAACGAAUGCUGUAAGCAUAGGACUAGACCUUACCUGUAAUCUAUUUCAGCCCCUUAUUUUUAUCAUCUAUUUCCCAUAUAAAACUAAGAUUCAUACCUAGGGGUGUGUGGGGUAUACAAAUGAAUAUAUAACAUAUAUGCAUAUACAUAUAUAUAUAUAUAUACAUUCAAUUCAUAUCUUCUAUAUGUAUAUGUAUAUACUCAUAGAAUUUUGAUAAGAUAAUAAACUUUAACUCUCUGAUUACAUAUGAAAAAUUUGAGAACCAGAGAAAAGAAAUAACUUUGUCAAGAUUAUAUUCUUUAUAAUCCAUACUGGAGGCAAAGCCAGAAUGCUGUACUUUUAAUUCCAAUCAGUUCUUUUCACUAAAUCAUGUCUCUUUUUUAUAAAGAAACUUAUAAUGCUUAAAUAAUUAAAAUAUUAAUUUAUUUUUCUUU